AUGCAAACGAAUGUUCGAGCGAGAGAAGUCAUAUCAGUACAUAUUGGCCAAGCUGGAGUACAGAUUGGAAAUGCGUGUUGGGAGUUAUAUUGCUUGGAGCAUGGAAUUCAACCUGAUGGAAUAAUGCUUGAAGAUGAUUCUAUUGGUAUAGAAGAUGAUUCGUAUAACACUUUUUUCGCAGAAACAAUUAGUGGUAAACAUGUUCCUCGAGCCAUAAUGGUCGAUCUUGAACCAACACCAGUUGAUGAGAUUAGAACUGGAACAUAUAGGCAACUUUUCCAUCCCGAACAGCUACUUACCGGCAAAGAAGAUGCUGCAAAUAAUUAUGCUCGAGGACAUUAUACAAUCGGCAAGGAAAUGAUAGAAGUUUGUAUGGAUAGGGUGAGAAGGCUAGCAGAAAAUUGCAAAGGACUUCAGGGAUUUCUCAUUUUUCACAGCUUUGGAGGAGGCACUGGAUCUGGCUUUACCGCUUUACUUAUGGAGCGACUAAGUAUUGACUAUGGAAAAAAAGCGAAAUUAGAAUUUUGUAUUUAUCCGGCACCACAAAUAUCUACAGCAAUGGUGGAACCAUAUAAUUCCAUACUGACAACUCAUACAACGCUUGAACAUGCUGAUUGUUCAUUUAUGGUUGACAACGAGGCGAUAUAUGACAUUUGUAUGCGAAACUUGGAUCUCGCACGCCCUACAUAUACCAAUUUGAAUCGCUUGAUCGCUCAGGUGAUCAGCUCUGUGACUGCAUCCCUGCGAUUCGAUGGAGCAUUGAACGUUGAUUUGACAGAAUUCCAGACCAAUCUUGUGCCGUAUCCACGAAUUCACUUUCCACUCACUACAUAUGCUCCAAUUAUUUCUGCUGAGAAAGCUUAUCAUGAGCAGAUGGCGGUAUCAGAAAUAACUCAGCAAUGCUUUGAACCUGGCGCUCAAAUGGUGAAGUGCGACCCUCGCCAUGGAAAAUAUAUGGCAAUAAUUGAUGCAUGUUGCAUGCUGUUUCGUGGUGAUGUUGUUCCGAAGGAUGUUAAUGCUGCAAUAUCUCAAGUGAAAACCAAACGAACUAUACAAUUUGUCGACUGGUGUCCAACUGGAUUCAAGGUUGGUAUUAAUUAUCAACCACCGACAGUGGUGCCUGGAGGUGAUCUCGCGAAAUUGCAGCGAGCAGUUUGCAUGCUGUCCAAUACUACCGCCAUAGCUGAAGCUUGGGCUAAACUUGAUUAUAAAUUCGACUUAAUGUAUGUUGGUGAAGGAAUGGAAGAAGGGGAAUUUUCAGAAGCGCGAGAAGAUCUUGCAGCAUUAGAAAAAGAUUAUGAAGAAGUUGGUGCUGACAGCAAUGAUGGAGAGGACGACGAGGAUGACGAUUAUUAUAAUCAAUACUAA